GAGAGGGAAUCGCACCGCUGGGUGCAUUCGCCUUGAGGUGACUCAUAGCUCCCGCCCCCUUUUCGCCCAGCUUUCUCCCGGCCGUCCCUCGCAUCACGUGCCUUCCUGGCCGCUCCCCCAGAGCCCUUUCCAAAGACCAGAAGAAACUGCUGUAAAAUGUCGUGAGGGACGUCGCCCCUUUGCGGCUGCCUCUCAGAACCAGACCCCGGGAGUGCCCACCUCAGUCAGCGGUUCCUCUGGCGGAGUCGUCCUGACAGAGGGCGAAAGCGCUCGGUGCGCCACUGGAUUUUUCGCCGCACCCGCGAGGGCUCCGGGCGAUGUGAACUCGAGGCGGCUACUGCGCUCCCAGGCCCGGGGGCUGAGGUGGGCGGGCAGGUGCCUGGGAAGCCGCGGCCCGGCGGGAUGGAGGAGAGCAUGGAGGACGAGGAAAUGCUCACCUACGAGGCAAUGAUGGACGACCAGAAUCACAACAACUGGGAGGCCGCCGCGGACAGCUUCCGCCAGCCUCCGCCGGCCCCGCCGCUGCCCCCGCCGCCGCCGCCGCGGCCCUCGUCGUCCAUCCCGGAUCCAGGCCGAGAACUCCCGGGGGGACAGCUGCUGGCUGUGCACGCGGGCUCCAUGGAGAGGAAGGGUCCUAAGGAAGGGCUCCCGAUGGGGCCUCCGCCCUUGCCGGAGCCAAACGGGGUGAUCAUGAUGUUGAAGAGCUGCGACGCAGCCGCCGCGGUGGCCAAGACGGCCCCUGCCCCCACCUCCAGCUCCACUAUCAACAUCAACACCUCCACCUCCAAGUUCCAACAUGGAAUUGCGUGGAAUGCUUCUUCAUUGACUUGGUUUCUAUGCCUUGUUUCUUGCAGUUGUGUGUAUAAGUGUGUGUGCCAGCAGCACUCAGAACAGAUGUACAGCGAUCUGAUUAAAAAAAUAACCAGCCACUUAGAGCGAGUCUCCAAGGAGCUGCAGGCCAGCCCUCCAGACCUCUAUAUUGAAAGAUUUAAUAUAGCUCUGGGACAGUAUAUGGGAGCAUUGCAGAGCAUCGUGCCUCUUUUCAUAUAUAUGAAUAAGUUUUACAUAGAAACUAAGCUUAACAGAGACUUAAAAGAUGACCUUAUAAAACUGUUUACGGAACAUGUUGCAGAGAAGCACAUUUACAGCCUAAUGCCUUUACUUUUAGAAGCCCAGUCAACACCAUUUCAGGUCACACCUUCAACUAUGGCAAAUAUUGUGAAAGGCCUGUACACUCUCAGACCAGAAUGGGUUCAGAUGGCUCCGACAUUGUUUUCUAAGUUUAUUCCAAACAUUCUUCCCCCGGCUGUGGAGUCUGAACUUUCUGAGUACGCUGCCCAAGAUCAAAAGCUUCAAAGAGAACUUAUACAGAACGGUUUUACCAGAGGUGACCAGUCCCGGAAGAGAGCUGGAGAUGAGUUGGCUUAUAACAGUCCAUCUGCUUGUGCAAGUUCCAGGGGGUAUAGAUAGUGACGGUUGAACUAUGUUUCUCCCAAGAGAAGACACACUGGAGCUACAGAAACUGUUCCAGGCACAGUGAGGCCUGCACCACUCAGGAGCUCUGUCAAAGGCUGUUCUCAGAGAGGAUACCAGACUUCUUUCUUUGAUUUUUUUCAGUUUUUAAAAACAAGAACUAACAAAAACAAUUGCUGCUAGACUGGGGGGUGAUUAUGAAAUGGGACAAUCUUUUAUCUACAGAGCAAGUGUCUUGGAGAGUGGCCGUUGAUAAAGUGAAGCUCAAUGUUUGAAUCAGCUUCCUCCAGAAAUACAAGAACGAAAGAAUCUUUUUGUUUUGUUUUGUUUUGUUUUGUUUUUUUAAAGCACUCAUCUUGUUCAUUUGUGGACUUGGAACAUGGUGUCUCAUGUCAAGAUAUCUUUGCUUAAAACCAAGCAGAUGUUAUAAUACAGUGUUUUCACCCAUGCCCCAAACAAUCUGUUUUAAAUUCAGAUUGGUCUGUGUUUAGCAGUUAGCCUUGUGGAGGAAAAUGCUAACAACUGCUUUUACUAUUUCUUUCCCUAUUAAUUCCCGUUUUCAACUGUGUGCCUUGAGCUUUGUGCACUUUGCAGCUAUGUGACCAUGUCAUCAAUCUCACGAUGCUUCCUGAAGAAGCUGAUAUCUCAGACUGGCUCACCAAAGCCUCUGUUACGGCUUUGUGUUUGUAGCAGAACCUGACUGAGAAAAUGGAAGCACUAGAGGCUGGUCAGAAUUCACCCUGCUGUCCCAGCUCUCAUGGGGACCAACUCUUACUGAGUGGUUUCCAUUCUGCACUGCCUCACCCGAUGUCAGCCUCGAGUGGAGUGGAGCCCUGGUUUCAGGCUAUGAUACUGUAGAGACUGCCAACAGUGGGAGCUACUCCCUGGUCCCUCUUGGGCCAAAUAGUUUUUAAAGCCAAAUAUGGUGAAUAGUUCUUGGCCCAUCUCAUUUUAAUGGGUGCAUUUAAUACAUAUAAAAGGUCAGUUCCACUCUGUAUUUUGUAAACAUCAUGUUUGAUAUUUGAGUGCACCAGGAAGAAUGUGCUGUUUGAAGGCUCCGGUAAAGCUGUAUUACCUGUUUCACUACACCAACAGUGCAACAAAACAACAACAGUUCUUCACAAAAGUCUGAAGCUUAUUUAGUUGUGUUUCAAUAAUAAAUAAAACUAGACAUGGCAAGGGAAAAGUAUUCAGUUUUGCUUGAAUGUGAAGUGAGCGUUGGCUUUGUGCUACCAGGCUCCGUCUGACAGUGAUGCUGACCAAUCAGAGAAUGCCUCUCCUCCCCCACCCUCCCACCUCCCCACCCCCACCCCAAGCUACUGCUACCAACUCAGUGCGCAGCAGAGUUAGAAAUGUAAUACCAUGGACAAGAACAUUACCCAGUAGCAGUCCUGUGUUUGUAAACAAUGUUCCAGGGGAAGAACAGUUAAAAGCUGAUAGCUUGAUUCUUUCAGGUACUUGUCUGCAGUUGGUAGAAUUUAGGGGAGGGUGUGUAAUUGGCUUCAUUCCAUUUGGGUUAUAUUGAAGAAUCUGAGUAGGGACAAGUGGACUCUUACUAUGGUCUGUACAGCCUUUUCUGCUCUAAUGUCGAGGGGAAAGUUUUCAUUUUAUCAAAAAGCCCAGUUUACUUUUCUGAUGGAAUGCUCACCACAGAGUUGUAAAUAUCAUUUUGAACUGGUUUCUUCUACACGGCUUUAAUAUUUUUGACAAUAGUAAAGUUGGAACACUUCUUGAAACAUAAUAGGUUAGUGGUUCCGUGUCUUAAUUAUACCCACCUCCUCUCCCCCCCACCUCCCCCCCGGAGAGAUUGCUCUUCUUUUUCUCUAAAAGAAUUUUGCCUAUAUAAAAGCAUUAUAUUAAAUAAGUUGGCAUUAAUGUGGGUGCUGUUGUGUUAGUAAAUUAAUGGAGAAACAGUCAUACUAAUUCUGUGUUAGCACAAAAUAGGCAGGGAAAAACCUGUGAAAUUCUCGUUCUCUGAGUCAGAGCUGGGUGGGUACCACUGUGCUGGUACUGAAAGGCAUGGGGCAGGAAAGUGAGUGUGCUCCUGGUGGAUGGGUCCUGGUAACCAGUAAGUUAAGCAAGGCUUUACAGGUUGUAAAACUUCAGCUGAAAUGGACACUUCUUGUUAACUGAAAUCUCUACAGGAGUCUUAGUCUCCAACUAUGAGGAAAUAAAAUCUGUUUGCUCUCAUUUUGUAUUUCCUGAAAGUAUUUUCAUGUGUACUUGUGGUCUUGCCAGUACAGUUUUUCUAUCCCUGCUGAGGACUGCUUUCUCAAUCAGAUCCUUAAAGCUCAAAUUUUGUGUAGAUCAGUUAGUCACUGAAAUACAGUUGAUUUGGCUAAAGGGCUAAUGUGUACAUUUGCCUAAAAGUAGGCCUUUAAAAAAUUAAAAGCUGGGAGGGUCAUCUUCAAGUAAUGGUUUGAAAAAAUAAACAGAUGAUGGUGUUGAGAGACAAUGCUCAUUUUAAAAGUUAACCUUACACUUGGGUCACCAUGUUAUCUACUGACCUGCUGUCAUAACUGCAUUCUGACCUGACAGGAAUUAUUUUCUUGGGGGCCAGAAAGUAAAAUUUAGUGGUCUGACUUGCCUAAUAGUUCCUAGGCAGGGUUGUUCACUUACAUGUGCAAUUAGUAAUGACUGUGCAUUACUAAAAUUUCUCAAGGUCUUUUAUUACAAGUCACUCAUUCCCCUUUUUGCUAGAGUGAAGUUGGUUUGUGUAUGUAUGUAGGUGAGACUGCAGAGGAAUGGAUGUCCCUGGUCAUGACAUGACACUGUGUAUGUCUCUAGAGCCCAGUUUUGUCUAGCUGCUGCCCUCUUGUCGUUUACUUUCUGUCAGGUUGCAAAUUUGCACACAUGAAUGAUCCCUCAGGAACAGUUUGCACACUCCUCACCUCAGUAUACUCUGUAUAGACCAAACAGCAUUGAAGGUUAUCAGCACAAGAGGCUUCUUACACCUACUAGCAGAGGCCAUGGUGAGGUUGCAAACAAAACUGGUUUCUGCAGGUAAUGGGAAGAGGAGCACAUACAGAGUUUGUUUAAGUGACCUCCCACUUCUCCCUAUAACCAGAGUAAGAAACCUUCCAGAUUUUGUUAGCUUAUUGGAGCUAUGGUUUUUUGUUUGUUUUUGUUUUUUCUUCUUUUCUGUUUCCCCUCUCUCACAGUAAUUAUUUCUAUUGGUUAGGUUAGUAUGUAAGAGGAAUUGCCCUUGAGUUAAGAUUCAACUGUUCAUUAAGCAGCUAUCAUUAAACUAAGCAUUAUUCAAUGAAUGUGCACUAAUCUGAGAUCAGAAACAACUAAAAAGCAAAACAGAAACCGUGCAUUAGUUAGAGUUCGUUUUUUAAUGGUAUAUUCUUGAGCAUUUAGCUUGGAAUAUUGUUUGCUUUUAUCCAAGUAUAGGUUUCUUAGGGGGAUGUUAAAAUUCAAGGUUGGAAUGUGACACCCUUAACUGACAUCUGAAGUAUCGACUUUUUCUGUUGAUUACUGCUUUUAGUAAUACUGUGCAAAAUGUUCAUUUUUACCAGAAUUUCAAGCAGAAAUCAUAGGGAAAUCUUAGAGAAAUGGCUCUGUUGUGCUUUUAUUACCACAUGGAAAUUUUCCUUGGCUUCUGACCCAGAGAAUAUUUGGAAGGAGGUAUUUGUUCUUUCCCAAAGGAAAUGUUCCCUCUCUGGUCCCCUGCUGCUUAGCUGUAGUCACUGCCUCAUCCCUCCUGCACUAGCAGAGACCUUAAACCUCCUUCCAGAGUCAGUGAUGGGUCUGCCCCCUGGGUGCAGGACCAAUCUCUCUGCCUUGAAGAUCUUCCUUUUAGGCUUGGUUCCACUGUUAAGAGUGCUGCUGGAUUACACCUCUUGGAAGGUUGUUAGCAUGGCUCUUGGGUUAAGAGUUGAGUGAUUUGUAAAACAAAACCAAACCAAACCCUUUGUAUUGAUUCUUACAUGUUUAUUGUGACUACUAAACUCAGUAAGACUGGGUGUUCUCCUAAAGGUGGUGAUGCUGUUGGUUCUUUUUAGUCUUAUAUGUCAAUGUUACAGCCAUGGAUUUUCAGAGAAAUUAUUUGAACAUCAAGUCCUGGGAAAUUGGCUCAAAUAAAUGCUUAUACAAAAUUUGGAGAUCAUGUGCAGGCUAAAGGAGUUUGCCACCCACCAGCAUAGCAGAGCAAAUGAAGAAUUGCUGUCUAUUUUCCUGAUAUUUGUCAAAUGGCACUGUCCUUUACUACUUAUUUACUGAACGUGACUAAAGCGCUUCCUGAGCUGGGGUACAAAGCUGCUGGCCUGGGCUCUCUCCUUAUAAACAUAUGGUAGAUUUUGAAUCGCUCCUCUGUAUUAGUUGUAUAUUCUCAUUCUAAAGUAUUGUGGUUAAUGAAAAAUAAAUCUUGUACAGAUGUCAUUAAACUUGCUUUUUAAGUUU